AUGACUGCGACGAAGCGGUUUCGUUUGCACCGCAAGUCUCCGGCACCUCAUGGGCCCUUGGUGCAGUGGUCCCCCAUCAAGAAGCACUUCGGUGCAGUGGUGUGUAAUCUCAGAACGGAGGACCUCCGCUGCCCCCUUCGGCGCAGUGCACUCGCACGGCUCCUGGCGGCACGCGGCGGUCUCCUGGCACUCCGGGGUCUUCGUGGGCUUCAGGCGCAGGAGCUCGUGGAGCUGACGAGCGCCUUUGGAGCUUGCGAGCCGCAGCUCGCCGCGCAGCGCAGCCAAGCUCUGGUUCCCGGCACCCACAACGGGGCCGUGAUGAGGAUCGGCAACAGUCGCGACCCCAACACGGGCGAGCUCAAUGCGUCAUUCACAAUCAGCGCGCAGCUUCCGAGGAAUGAUGACAGCCUGCAGGUUUGUCAGUACAGCCCGGCAUCACAACAGCCCCGUUGGCAUACCGACGCCACAUUUCGAUGUCGCCCACCAACAGGAUCUCUGUUGUACAGCAUCGAGGUGCCUCCUAGCGGCGGAGACACGUGCUUUGCAGAUGCUGCGACCGCCUUCGAAAGGCUACCACUGGAAGCCAGAAGCAGGUUGGAGAGCCUGGAGGCCGUUUGCAGCCAGGCGCACCACGAUGCCCUCCACAAUGCCAGGAAGCCCGGUACCUAUGCGACCAUGGAGGAGGAGCAGAGGCGGCAGACCCCGCUGAUGGCUGUGCCGCUGGUGAUGACACACCCGGUCACCGGGCGGAAGUCGCUGUACGGAGCCAACAGCAGCGUGUUCCAUGUGCAGCGACGAGGUGCCGAUGGGCCUUCCGCAUCUCUGCUGGAGAGGGCAGAGGGUGCGGAGGCAUACGAGGACCCUUCUGUUGAUGAGCUCCGGAAGUGGUUACCCCAUGCCACAGGACCCGAGUUUGUGGUGAGAUGGCGCUGGCAACCCGGAGACCUGGUGAUUUGGGACAACCGCAGCACGAUGCACUGCGCGACAGGCUUUGAUCAUGAGCAUUACACCCGACAGCUGUGGCGAACGACAUUUCACGACAUGUCUUGGGACCCGCCAGUGAGGCGGCUUGCUCGAGACCCUGCAAGCUGA